AUGCCUGAUGACCCAUUUCCUAUACCCCAUCACUUUGCUCAGCCAGGAGAUGUUAUCAUUGGUGCAAUUCUCUCUCAAGCUUUCUUCUUCCACAACAGCCCUUCCUUCAGAGAAGAACCCUCCCAGAUGGUAAUCAAUGAAGUGAUUUAUGAACUUAAAUCAUAUCAGCAUAUCCUUGCUUUGGUGUUUGCUGUCAAGGAGAUCAAUAGGAACCCUGAGCUCUUACCAAACAUCACUUUGGGUUUCCACAUUGUGAACAACUUUAUUGAGAGGAUAACCUCUAAGGCAAUUCUGAGCUUAGUUUCUCCAAAGCAGAAGUUUCUUCCAAACUUUUCUUGUGAUUUAACAAAAACAUUUAUUGUUGCCUUUGGUGGACGUUUGACUGUGACCUCCUCCAUUAUGGCCACUGUUCUUGUCAACUACAAGAUUCCACAGCUUGUCUAUGGAACAUUUUCUCCAGUACAUGGUGACAAAGAUAUAUUUUCAUUCUUGUACCAAAUGGUCCCAAAUGAAAUCCAUCAGUACACUGGUAUUAUUCAAUUACUUCAGCAUUUUGGAUGGAUUUGGAUUGGGAUCAUAGCUGUGGACGAUGACUAUGGAGAUAUGUUUUUGCAGAGAAUUGGACCAUUGCUUUUCCAAAAUAACAUUUGUUAUGCUUUCAUGCUUAGAACACCAAAGAAAGCAUAUAUGGAUGAAUAUACACAGCUGAUUUCAAUGGAGUUAAGAUAUGAUCAACUCUUUAUGGAUGAUAAAGUCAAAUUUCAUUCUGUCUUGAAAAGCAUUGUAUUCAACAAUACGAUGGGAGACACUAUCAGUUUUGAUGGAAACAGAGAAUUGAUUACAGGCUUUUAUGUUGUAAACUGGGUUAUUUUGCCCAAUAAUUCCUUUUCUCAAGUCAAGGUUGGAACAUUGGCACCUCGGGCUCUACCAGGCAGAGAAUUAACUCUCAAUGACAAUCAAAUUGUAUGGCACAGAAGCUUUAACCAGAUGCUGCCUGUCUCUCUUUGUAAUGACCACUGUGAUCCAGGCUCCAGCAGAAAGAAGAAGGAAGAAGAGAAAUUUUGCUGCUAUGAUUGUGCACCUUGUCCAGAAGGACAGAUGUCUGACAAAAUAGGUAUGGAUGCUUGCAUGAAAUGUUCAAAAAAUCAAUAUCCCAACAAUAUGCAAAAUCAAUGUAUUCCCAAAGUGUUGACCUAUCUCUCUUAUAUCGAACCUUUGGGAAUCCUCUUUAUUACAUUGGCUAUUGUUUUCUCUUUGCUUACAGUCCUUGUUCUUGGAGUCUUUUGGAUGCAUCGAAAAACUCCAAUUGUUAGAGCCAAUAACCAAAGCCUCACUUGUAUCCUCCUCCUUUCCCUUCUUCUCUGCUUCCUCUGCUCCUUCCUCUUCAUGGGAAGACCUGAAAAGAUGACUUGUCUUUUACGGCAAACAACUUUUGGCAUUAUCUUCUCAGUGGCCCUUUCGUCUGUAUUGGCAAAAACCAUGAUUGUGGUUCUGGCAUUUAUGGCAACCAAACCAGGCUCUGGAAUGAGGAAAUGGGUAGGGAAAGGACUGGCCAAUUCUAUUGUCCUUUGGGGUUCUUUCAUCCAGGUGGGGCUUUGCACUCUUUGGCUUAGCACCUCUCCCCCUUUCCCAGAUACAGACCUGCACUCACUGAAGGGAGAAAUCAUAAUGGAAUGCAAUGAAGCUUCGGUGAUCAUGUUUUACUGUGUCUUGGGUUAUAUGGGCUUUCUGGCUAGUUUGAGCUUUACCAUUGCUUUCCAAGCCAGGAAACUGCCCAGCAGUUUCAAUGAGGCCAAGUUCAUCACUUUCAGCAUGUUGGUCUUUUGUAGUGUUUGGCUUUCAUUUGUUCCAACCUAUCUGAGCACCAAAGGGAAAUACAUGGUAGCUGUGGAGAUCUUCUCUAUCUUAUCCUCCAGUUCUGGUUUACUGGGGUGUAUAUUUUUUCCCAAAUGCUAUAUCAUUCUAUUGAGGCCUGAGAUGAACAAGAAGGAACAUUUAAUAAGGAAAGAAAAGUAACUAUUUCUGUUUUUCAUUGUAAUGCAUAAUUAUUUAGGAUUUUUAGCUCAUCCCAUUUCAUAAAGUGUUUUACAGCUGCUCUUAUAUUAAAAUAUUUUAUUGUAUUUUAGUCUUUCUUCAAGUAAGAUAGAUUUUUGGGAAAUAUAUGCAGUAUGAUUCAUGUUUUCUUCAUAAAACAUACUUUGUAGAAUAACAUAUAGUCAUUUGAAAUGGACAUUCUAAACAUCAAAGGAUGAAAUCAGUCAUUCAAAAUAACUCAAAUCAUUAUAUAAAUCCUUAUGAAUAUCGAUUACUUGUAUCCAUAUAAUCCUUUUAGAUUUCACAUGGAUUUACUGUACUGUAUAUUAGAAUUACCCAGUAUCUGUAAAUUUGUUAAGUAAGUAAGUAAGUAAAUAAAUAAAUAAACUAUUUUAGAGUAUAUUACGGUUUUUACUUUUCUGUGGUUUGUGUUGGGGGA